AUGCCACCAGAAUCCAACGAACCAAUGACCAAUACGUCAGAUACUUCCUCAAUAAUUAACGUCUCCUCAGUAUCACUCCAAGCCAAUUCACCUUCAACUACAGAUACAUCCUUCGAACAUGUCUCUGACCCCUUGUCUCAUACCGGUAAAAGUCAGAGUAAAAAUGGGAAAGCAAGAUUGAUAUAUUGUAAAUCUCACGUAUCGAUCCACCCCACGUCAUUUAACAAAGAUAACAUAUCAGGUUAUCUGGGUAUAGUAGAAGUCAAAAAUAUAGUUCCUCAUUCACUCGCACCCAACUUGGACACUGAUCAUGGUGAUAACAACGUGGGAAGGAAAGAAACGUUGAUUACGUGGGUACCUAAUGAGUUGUUGGAAAGGAUGGAUGAAGAAGAUAGAGAAGGAUAUAAGCGUGUUGAAGGAAGAGUUUUAAAUGGCAACGGAAGUGAAAGUGAUAGAGAAGAAGAUGGCUUUGUAUUUGUCUCUUUGCCUUCGCCAAAAGGUGAAAAAUACGCUUUCUCAAUUCCUAUAACUAGUAUAUAUAGUGUGCUCGUAUACCCUCCGAGCUUAUCGCAUUGGUAUGGCUCAGCAACGUUCAACUUGAUGGGCGGUAUAUCCCUUCCUACAUUAUAUUUCCACGACGACGAAUCACCUCUUCUCGCUUCUCCAACCAUACCCGAUACUUCCCAACCUCUACCUCGGGCUCAAUGGGGUUUCCCACCUUUCCUUUCUCUCCUCGAAUCCCGAGCUACCUUAGUCCGAUCUCGUCUACUUCAAUCUCGCAAGAACAUGGGUGCAGAACUAUGGCUAGUCAACCCAAGUAAGAGUGAUAGAGAAGUCCACGAAGCCGGGUUAGAAGAGGAGCCAGAAGCCGUACCACCUCAACGUCAACCUGUACCACCUAAAUCGCCCGCUCCUGCGCCUUAUCCACCCAAACAGCAAUACCCCAACUCAGCUGUACUGAACACUACCACACCAAAACAAACUCUCAUGACCUCUUUAUCGAACCUCACUAAUUUAUCGAGAAAAGCAGCCUCACAAGUCCUCUCACACCCUUUAGCUCAACCUGUCGUUCCUCAUUUACCACCUGCAGUCCGAUCGCUCGUUCACGUACCAGGUGAAUGGGAAAGGAUAGGUAGAUUACCAGCCAAAACCUCCAAGACCAAAUCGGGCAGUACGGACGUAGCUAGUGAAUUCGAAUCUGCAAGACUGUAUUUAGCCAGAUGGGCAAGAGUAGUAGCUGAGGAAGGUGAAAAGGCUCGAAGGGAUGAGAUAGCUUCUAAGGCACGUUUGAACAAUCGAAGAAAUUCAAUGUCAAGUUCUGGUGUGUCUGGAUCUGAUAUGGAAGAUUUGGAAAGUUCCUUGGGAGUAUUCUCAAUGUUACCUAAAUCCUAUUCUAAGAGACCUAUACCUAAUCCAACUAGGACACCUCAACAUCCUAUUACUUUUAGAGAAUGGGAAUCUUUCGCUGCUCAGGGAAGGGAUGAACUGUGGAUAAGACGAGAAAUUUUCAAAAGAGGUUUUUCAGAUUCGUCUGAACCACUUGAAAAACAAGCUCGAAGAGAGGGAUGGGAAGUUCUGUUAGGGAUUGUUCCUUGGAAUAUUGGUGGAUUGGGUGGUGGAGAGGUAGGGAAAGAGAAAAGGAAGAAUCAGAGAGAACAGACUAGAUUGGCUAGGAGACAGGUGUAUAGUGGUUUGAAAGGGAAAUGGAAGAAGGAGAGUGAAGUUAGUGGAGGGAGAGAUGAUUGGAGAGAGGAAUGGCAUAGGAUUGAUGUCGACUGUAGAAGGACAGAUAGGAACCAACCUAUCUACGCUGUACCGGCCGAAGCCGCCCAUAAAGGGGAUCACGAGAAAGAAGGUGGUGGGGCGAAUACGAGUUUGAGAAGAGGUAGUUUGGGUGAUGAUGGUCAGGGAGAAGAAGAGGAAGGUGGUGCAGCGGCUUUGAAUCCUCACAUCGCUGCUCUGCGUACCAUCUUGAUGACUUACCAUACAUAUUCACCUGAAUUGGGAUAUGUACAAGGAAUGUCGGACCUUCUAUCCCCUAUAUAUGUGGUAUUUGAUGCCAAUGAAGCGGAUGCGUUUUGGGGUUUGGUUGGGGUGAUGAAGAUGAUGGAGAGUAAUUUCCUUCGUGACCAGAGUGGUAUGAAGAGGAAAUUAUCGACCUUACAACAAUUAAUCAGUGUGAUGGAUCCAGAACUAUAUGCUCAUCUAGAGAGGACCGAUUCGUUGAAUUUGUUCUUCUGUUUCAGAUGGAUUCUGAUCUCUUUCAAGAGAGAGUUCAAAUUUGAGCAAGUGAUAAAACUCUGGGAGGUACUAUGGACGAACUACUAUUCGAAUCAAUUUGUUUUAUUUGUUGCGUUGGCCGUGUUGCAAUCACAUAGGGAUGUGUUGAUUAGAUAUUUAACGGAAUUUGAUGAGGUGCUGAAAUAUGCUAAUGAUCUAAGUGGGACUAUCGAUCUGGACACUACAUUGGCGCAAGCCGAGGUGUUAUUCUUAUCUUUCAGGACUCUAGUGGAGGACCUGGAUAAAGAGAACGCGAGCGGCAGUAGUGCCCUAGAUGUUGAAGGUAGUAACAACAAAGACGGAAUAAGGCAUAGAAGAGUGAAUUCUGAUGUUGGUUCUUCAUCUAAAUCGAAAGGUAAAGGUAAAGAAGCACUUGGUGACGAUGACGAUGAGGAGGGAGUGGGUAAGAAGAAAGAGAGAAAGGUGAUUUCGGAAGAUUUGAGGGAGUUGUUCGUCGGUUGGAAAGCUUAG